CGGUAGGCACAGCCCAGGGACAGUCAGGUCAGCAGCGCCUGCGCGGGCGCAGUCCUGCCUCAGGGUGGAAGAUGCGCGCGCAGCGCCUUUCGCCUCAGCGGAAGUUUCUGCGUGGCAACUGAGGUGAGUCCCGUCACCGCCGUGGAUUCAAGAGUUUGACGGCGGAUACUUGGUUAUCCACCCCAGUCACCAAGUCCAGAGGACACUGUUAAGAUGGAGUUUCCAGCCCAGUGAAUCUUGAGUGCCAGACUGUGACCCCAUAAAGCAUGGUCACCUUCUGUCCAGACUGUGGGGAAAGUAUUGAAACAUCAUUCAAAUUCUGCCCCUACUGCGGAAAGCAUUUGCCUACAGGGGAACAUGAGAGGCCCCAGACCUUUCUCGGAUCGCUUUUGUCAUCUUUCCGAGACCCCGCCCACCCUCGCGAUGACCUCACACGCACCCCCUUGUUACGCGUCGACGUAAAAAACUCAAAGAGAGAGAGCACCAGUUCUGAAACCACUCCCAAGAAAGUGAAAUGGUCCAGCUGUGUCACCUCUUCCCCGUCAUCCUUCUCCUCAAGUGGUUCUGGGUCUGAAGGUACCCCCGGUUCCUGUGAGAAACCCAAAGGGUCCCGGAGCAGACCCCCAACCCCCAAAAGCAGUCCACAGGCGACCAGGAUAAGCCCCAAGACACUGAAGCGGAGCCGGGCGACCACCUCACUCCAGGCUUUGCCCUCAGGGACGGUGCUGAUAGAUAAGAGUGGGCAGCAGUGGAAGCUGGGAUCCCUCCAGACCAGGAACGACCAGGGCAUUCUCUAUGAAGCUGAGCCUGUCUCCGCCUGCAAAUCAAGUUCCCAGAAACAAGGAUUCUCGCUUAAACUAGAUGCCAAGGAUGGGCGCUUGUUCAAUGAGCAGAACUUCUUCCAGCGGGCUGCCAAACCUUCGCAAGUAAACAAAUGGAAGAAGCUGCACUCCACCCCCCUACUGGCCAUCCCCACCUGUGUUGGUUUUGGUGUUCACCAGGACACGUAUAGGUUCUUGGUUCUCCCCAUGCUGGGCAGGACCCUUCAGUCAGCCCUGGAUGACAAUCCGAAGCAUAAAAUGUCCAUGCAGUCCGUGUUCCAGAUGGCCUGCCGGCUGCUGGAUGCCCUGGAGUUUCUUCAUGAGAAUGAGUAUGUUCAUGGAAAUGUGACAGCUGAGAAUAUCUUUGUGAAUCCAGGGGAUCUGAGCCAGGUGACCCUGGCAGGCUAUGGCUUUGCCUUCCGCUAUUCCCCAGGUGGCAGACAUGUGGCCUACAUGGAAGGUAGCAGGAGCCCACAUGAAGGAGACCUCGAGUUCAUUAGCAUGGACCUGCACAAGGGAUGCGGGCCCUCCCGCCGCAGUGACCUCCAGACCCUAGGUUACUGUUUGCUGAAGUGGCUUUAUGGGACCCUGCCAUGGACAAAGUGCCUUCUUAACACCGAGGAUAUCAUGAAGCUGAAACAGAAGUUUCUUGACAGCCCGGAGACCCUCGUGGGACAGUGCAGUCGCUGGAUGAAUCCCUCAGAGACCCUGCAGACGUACCUGAAGGUGGUGAUGGCCCUCAAGUAUGAUGAGAAGCCGCCCUAUGCCAUGCUGAGGAAUGACCUGAAUGCCCUGUUGCAGGAUCUGCGGGUGUCAGCCUACGACCCCAUGGACCUCCAGAUGGUACCAUAGGUGCGUUCUGAGAAAAUUUUUUGAGUCUUAAACUCCUCCCUUGCCACCCCCGGCCCUGCUUUCCAGAUGCUACUUGAUGUUUAUUCCGGGUAGAUGCUGGAUUUUCCCACAUGGUUCUUGAACUUUCCAACCCCCCCAGGAGUCACAAAUAGCAGAAACCUGACUCAAACUGGCUU